AUGGAAAUUGAAAUAAAAAAUCGAUGUAUCUUCUUCUCCUUUUUCUACUACAUCUUCUUUGUCCACUUAUCCAUUUUUGGAGGGACCUUCAGAAGGAAAAGAGUGUGCUCUUCUUCAGCUGCUCCAUCUGAAUACACUCGCCCGAAAAUUGAGAGAGGAAAAGGACGAGAAGAUGGAAUUGCUUCUUCGCCUUCAUUUUGGUGGGUGCUCUUCAUUUUAACGGAAAACGAAGAGAGAGAGAGCAGAAUGGGGCAGGGAAAUUUGGCAGAAAAAUACAUUAGUCUACGAGAAAAUGAACGUCUUCUUUUUUUGGAUUUGGAAAAAAAAACAUUCGGUGAAAAAAUAAAGCUUUCCAUAGAAAGUAGUAUCCUUUGCAGCUCCGAGCAUGUGCUCCAAUUGCUCCUAAUUGGUAGUCUCAUCUUCUUCAGUCGGUCCUCCGUCCACUUAUUCACUUUAAGAGAAGCUUCUGCUGCUGCUGCUGCCAAUCUAAUUAUUUGUUCCCUUUUCUCUACUCUGGGAGAGAAGUUUCCGAAAAAGUUAUGA